AUGACGUCGUCGUCGAGUUCCUCCUCCACGACCGGCGCCAUCAGCCACCCGUCGUCCGGCGCCAAUGGGGAUUCCGUCGCUGCUCCUCUCUUCGCCGCCUACGCCUCUGUCAACGUGAAGCAGCACGUCCCCAACGCGCUCAGCCUCGAGCGCCCGAACUACUCCAAGUGGCAGGCGUUCUUCACCGCCCUCUGCGGCAAGUACGGGCUGCUCGGCCACAUCGAUGGCACGGUGGCCGCGCGUCCGACUGACCCCCUGUGGUCUCAGCCCGACGCCUGCAUCCGCGGCUGGAUGUACGGCUCCGUCGACGACACCGUCCUUGACCUCGCCAUGGAGCCUGAACAGGAUGCACGCGCUCUGUGGGUCUCCAUCGAGAACUUGUUCCAGGCGAACAAGGAGUCCCGCGCCGUCGUCCUCGAGCAGGAGUUCCACAAUCUGUCCCAGGGCGACCUCUCCGUCGAUGCUUACGCCCAGCAGAUGAAGCGCACCGCUGAUGCCCUCCGGGAGGUCGGUCACACCAUCUCCCCCGCGCAGCUCGUGCUCAAUCUCCUGCGUGGCCUCAACUCCCGCUUCGCCAACACUGCCGACAUCAUCUCCAACACGUCGCCGCUUCCCGACUUCAAGUCUGCCACCAACAUGCUCCGCGUCAAGGAGCUCCGCCUUGGCACCGAGGCCAAGACGGCCUCGGCUUCCGCUCUGGCAGCCUCCACCACCUCCUCCUGCACGUCGCCAUCCUGCCAGUCCACCCCUUCUGCGUCCACCAAUCGUGGGGGCGGUGGCAAGGGCAGGAGUGGCAAGGGCAAGGGCGGCCGUGGUGGCAACGGCGGCGGUGGCAGCAGCGGCGGUGGGCGCCACCAGCAGCAAGGUGGCCCUGGCGGCGGUGGCCGCAACCAGCAGCACGGCGGCAGUUUCGGCGGGCGUCAGCCGGCCGGCCCCUGGGUUUGCUACAACCCUUGGGCUGCUCCGUGGCCUCCCCAGCAGCAGCAGCAGUGGGGUGCGCCACCUGCGCCUCCUCCACAGGCACACACCGCCUUCGCGCCUCCGCAGUUCUCCGCUGCCGGCGGUCCUCCGGCGUACGGGCCUCCGGGCCACUGGGACUCGGCAAGCUUGAUUGCCGCCCUCAACCAGAUGGCGAUCCAGGGCGGGUCUGCACCCUGGCUUACUCGCGACAAUAAUUGUUCCAUUGAGUUUGACGCCUAUGGUUUUUCUGUUAAGGAUCUGCAGACCAAGACGGUCCUUCUUCGGUGCAAUAGCAAUGGGGAUCUCUACACCAUUCCACAUGACAUGCCACCUCGCUGCCAUGUCGCCACCGUCUCCCCGGAGUUAUGGCACUCCCGCCUCGGUCAUCCUUCACCUGCCGUCGUCAACGCUCUUACUAAGCUCUCAGCUAUCCAGUGCAGAUAA